GUGUCAACAUUUAUUGUUCAAUGGUGGUUCAAUGUUUUCUAUUUUCACAAAAAUUAAAAAAUGCCUCUUAUAAUAAUUUGUGGAACGCCAGUAAGUGGAAAAACUACUAGAGCAAUUGAAUUAAAAGAGUUCUUUAAAAAUGUACAUAAAAAACAAGUAGAAAUUGUAUCAGAGGAGAAAAUUAUAAGAAAGUUAGGUUAUGAUAAAAACUCAACGUAUUUGGAUCUUCAUAAAGAAAAAGGACUAAGAGGGUCUUUAAAAUCAGAUGUUAUAAAACUCAUAGGAAAAGAUAACGUUGUCAUAUUAGAUGGAAGUAAUUAUAUAAAAGGUUACAGAUACGAACUUUACUGUGCCUCCAAAGCAUCAAAAUCUACCCAGUGCACAGUGUAUACAAUCAGAAACCAUCAAGAAGCGUGGAAAGACAAUUUGCUUAGAUCAGAUGAUCCAAAUAUUGAAAGUACAAAUGAUAACGAAAUUCAUAGUUCUGAAAAAUAUACACAGGAAGUUUUUGAUGCCUUAACUAAAUUAAGGUUUGAGGAGCCAAACUCAUACAACAGAUGGGACAGUCCGCUGUUCACAGUACAACCCGGUGACGCACUUGAUCUUGAUGCCAUAUACAAAGUGUUAUUUGAGAAGAAACCCCCACCACCUAACAUGAGCACACAAAAUCCCCCACUAAGUUCAACAAACUUCCUUUAUGAGCUAGACCGAGUGACGCAGGCCAUCACAAAGCAUAUUCUGGACUCUAAACAGCUGAAUGUAGAUGAAGUGAAGUUCCCAGACUACCCCGGAUGUGUUCUAGAAGUUGGUGCAAUGCAAACAAUUAACCAUCAGAGGUUGUUGAGGCUAAGAAGACAGUUCCUCACCUAUGCAAAAAUGAACUAUUCGAAUGAAGACACAAAUAAAAUAGGAAGAUACUUUAUACAGUAUUUAAAUGGAGUUAUUGAGAAAGAUUAAAAAUUUAUAAGUGAUA